AUGUUAACUACUGACUCCCACAGCGUGCCUUCCAGAGCCCAGCGCCCUCAGCCCCGCCUGGAUCAGAGCAGCGAGCCAAGAGCCGCCCCCCCCCCCGGCCUGGCGCACACAGGUCCCGGCCGCUCCACCGGGGGGCGGGCCUGGUCUCCAUGGCUCCCGGCACUUCCGGUACCGGGCGCAGGUCGGCAGGGGCUGGACGCGCGGCCGGGCCCGUUCCUGGCUGGUGGCGGCGGCCGGCCGGUCCCUCUCGCCGCAGGGCCCGGGCCCAGCAUAGCCUUCGCUGGCCGCCGCGGCGCGCCCGACGGGCCGGAUUUCACCGUGCUCAAGCGGCUGGCGCGAGACCAGCUCAUCUACCUGCUGGAGCAGGCCUGCCCCGCGCCCGUCACCCCCGCCCUGAGCCUACCCCGAGUCUUCCCCGCGCCCGUCACCGCCGUUCCCGUCAUCUUGGGGCUUUCCCCGCACCUGUCACCGCCGCCCCAGGCCUGCCCCGAUACUGCCCCGGGCCCACCCAGGCUCGUCCCUGCUGCCCCGCGCCCGUCCCCGCCGCCCCAAGCCUACCCUGAGCCUUCCCUGCGUCCGUCACCGCUGCACCCGUCAUCUCGGGGCCCGCCCCGCGCCCAUCACUGCCUCGCCGGGCCCGCCCCGCACCCGUCAUCUCGGGGCCUGCCCCACGCCCGUCACCACUGCGCCCGUCAUCUCGGGGCCUGCCCCGUGCCCGUCACCACUGCACCCGUCAUCUCGGGGCCCGCCCCGCGCCCAUCACUGCCUCGCCGGGCCUGCCCCACGCCCGUCAUCUCGGGGCCCGCCCUGCGCCCAUCACUGCCUCGCCGGGCCUGCCCCACGCCCGUCAUCUCGGGGCCUGCCCCGCGCCCGUCACUGCCUCGCCGGGCCCGCCCUGCGCCCGUCAUCUCGGGGCCCGCCCUGCGCCCGUCACCGCUGCGCCCGUCAUCUCGGGGCCCGCCCUGCGCCCGUCACCGCUGCGCCCGUCAUCUCGGGGCCCGCCCUGCGCCCGUCACUGCCUCGCCGGGCCCGCCCCGCACCCGUCAUCUCGGGGCCCGCCCCGCGCCCAUCACUGCCUCGCCGGGCCCGCCCCGCACCCGUCAUCUCGGGGCCUGCCCCGUGCCCGUCACCACUGCGCCCGUCAUCUCGGGGCCUGCCCUGCGCCUGUCACUGCCUCGCCGGGCCUGCCCCACGCCCGUCAUCUCGGGGCCCGCCCUGCGCCCAUCACUGCCUCGCCGGGUCUGCCCCACGCCCGUCAUCUCGGGGCCUGCCCCGCGCCCGUCACUGCCUCGCCGGGCCCGCCCUGCGCCCGUCAUCUCGGGGCCCGCUCUGCGCCCGUCACCGCUGCGCCCGUCAUCUCGGGGCCCGCUCUGCGCCCGUCACCGUUGCGCCCGUCAUCUCGGGGCCUGCCCUGCGCCCGUCACUGCCUCGCCGGGCCCGCCCCGCACCCGUCAUCUCGGGGCCCACCCCGCGCCCAUCACUGCCUCGCCGGGCCCGCCCCGCACCCGUCAUCUCGGGGCCUGCCCCGCGCCCGUCACCGCUGCGCCCGUCAUCUCGGGGCCUGCCCUGCGCCCGUCACUGCCUCGCCGGGCCCGCCCUGCACCCGUCAUCUCGGGGCCUGCCCUGCGCCCGUCACCGCUGCGCCCGUCAUCUCGGGGCCCGCCCCGCGCCCGUCACUGCCUCGCCGGGCCCGCCCCGCACCCGUCAUCUCGGGGCCCGCCCCGCGCCCGUCACUGCCUCGCCGGGCCCACCCCGCACCCGUCAUCUCGGGGCCCGCCCCGCGCCCAUCACUGCCUCGCCGGGCCCGCCCCGCACCCGUCAUCUCGGGGCCCGCCCCGCGCCCAUCACUGCCUCGCCGGGCCCGCCCCGCACCCGUCAUCUCCGGGCCCGCCCCGCGCCCGUCACCGCCGCGCCAGGCCUGCCCCGCACCCAUCACAGCUGCGCUGGGCCUGUCCCAUGCCUGUCACUGCCGUGCCGGGCCUGCCCUGA